GCUAGUGUGCAUGUGUGCUCUAAUUCUCUUCUUCCUCCCAAAUCAUCUUCUUCCCUAUCCACAAACAUCUUGAGUCCUCUAAAUCAUCUUGACCACACAAAUUGCCCAAAAAUAACAUUUUCUUCCUCUACGGUAUGUGCACGACACAUAAUUGCCCAACAAUCCCAAGUCCUAAUGCGUGGAGGCAUGCGAGCAACAUCAAUACACAUUGUG